GACAGCUUCCGGUCCUAUCUUGUACUUCCGUUAGACACCAUACGUUUUUAGACAUGGAGCGCGACCAAUAUCAGAGUGGCGACGACAGAGACGAAGUCUUUGUGCAAACUGUGUGCAAGGAGAUAACGAAUUUUGUACAAGGUGAUGUUCACAACAGUGUGCUGAUCUUUCCAGUCCUGCCGAAACGCGAAAGAUUCCUGACUCACAAGGUUGUUGAAGAAAAGUUUGAAGACCUGUGCAGUUUCUCACUGGGAGAAGGCGUUUGCCGAAGGACGGCUGUGUGCCUGAAGUCGCGGCUUAUUUUCGCGUUCGACAACGGCUACUGCUUAGAUGAGGCAGUGCGAAAAGUAGCUGUGAGGCUUUGCAGAGAGAAAGGGCUUCCGGUUGAUUUCCUUUCACAUAGCAUCAGGAGACCGUUACCUUCAAGCAGAGAGAUGCAAGCACCGAGGCCAGCAAGGCAGCGGCAAAGGCGUCCAGAUAUGCAGCUGUAUGUGCCACGGGGGCGCAAAGCUGAGGCCUUGAAAACUGAUACAAGAGAUACCCCUGCACAAGAAGCAAGGGUGCCUUCACAGCAUUUGCCGGAAAGCGAAGUGCCAUUAGCAACAACAGAUGCAGCGGACCCUCUGCGCAGAGAGGACACUGGGGCUCACCAUGAAGACACAAGUUCAGAACAAAACAGAAAGGCUUCUGCUCACUUGAUCGAGGCAACUAAUGUGUGUGCACAAGCACGGGUGCCUUCACAGCAUUUGCCGGAAAGCCAAGCAUCAUUAGCAACAACAGUUGCAGCUAACCCUCAGUGCAUAGAGGACUCUGGAACUCACCAUGAAGAUGCAAGUUCAGAACACUAUAGCAAAGCUUCUGCUCUCUCAAGCAAUGUGUGUGGCAUGGAUGAUGUCGAGUGUACUGGCCUGGAAGGCAGUAACUGUGAUGUGCUCUCAACAAGUGCAAAUUCCGAGAACAGUGAAGCUGUGAUCCAAGUAUGUUUAUCACUUUCACAGGAAACUGAGAAUGAAUACAUUAAAGAAACAGCAGAUGAAGGCUCUGAAGAAAUGAAUUCACUACAGGAGUUUUCGUCCGUUGUGACAGAUUGUGCAGGUAGGCAAAAAAAUACAAGCCUACAAGGAUUCCAAGGUGGGGUUGGCAUUGUAGUGAAUGACAGUGUUGUCAGAAGUAGUGAACAGACUGAAAAUGCAGCACAUGAAGAACUGCCCCUAACAAGUCAUUUGGAGGUGGCACAGUCGUAUGGUGAGCAUGUAGACACUACUCGAGAUAGCACUGAAGCAAGCAUCGAAGAGAACCAUAAGGAUGCUGAGGAUUCAUGGGAUGCUCUCUUUGAUGAAACAGGGGAAUGCGUUGCUCCAGAAGUUUUGAAAAAUAUCACUAAGGCCUUGGGUGACAUUAAAGUGCAUCAAGCAGAACUUGAUUACACCAAGUUUGAGCCUCGUAUUCCUGACCUCUCAGAAGCAGAGUAUGGCCAUGUCCUUGAGAUGUACGAUUUUCCUGCCGAAUUUGAAACAAAAGACCUUGUGACAGCAUUGUCAUCUUGCAGAGAUCAAUUCAACAUUAAGUGGGUGGAUGACACUCAUGCAUUGGCAAUAUUUUCGACACCAUUUGCUGCCACAGAAGCUCUUGGCCUACAGAAUCCACUUAUGAAGAUGAGGCAUGUCUCUGAAGCCUCCAAGCAGUCCAAGCUGAAGAUUAAACAUUGUAGUGAAUUCUUGAUGCCUUACAAACCUCGGCCGCAGACGUCUGCUUCUGUGGCACGCCGUUUGGUGAGCGGUGCCCUUGGCAUGCGGGUGAAUGUGGAUGCUGCACAACGAAGGAAAGAACUGCAGAUGUUGAAAGAGGCCAAAGGCAAGAAAAAGACUGCAGCCAAGCAGCGAACUGAUGUAUGGAAUGGAGACGUAUCAUGAUUUGUCAGCCUUGCUCACUGGCUUGCAAGCCCCAAGAAGCACAGCGCAGCACUGCAAGUGCACAUCCUGGCCUGCUUCAGAUAGGAAAGUCAGAGGCUGUGCAUGGGUCACCACCUCUCGCUGUAAAUGGUUGUCCAAGUGAGGCCAUUGCCCUCAGGCAGGUGUGCUGAUGGUAGCAGAAGGUGUCUCCACGUCCUGCAGUGUGGAAGAAAAGUGUCUGGGAUGGAGAGCCUGGCCCAGUGAACACAGAGAGUAGGUGUGUCAAGUGGCUUUGCCCCGUGCUUGCUUUAAUGACACUACUUGGUGUCGUACCUGCAGUGACCAAGUCAUUUACGCUUUUUUUUUUUUUUUGCAAGCAUCAAACUCAAGUUGUUUGAACCAUAUGGCUAGGCUACAAAGACUCGACUAAGUUUUGUUGUGCAGGGGUUCUCAAACUUUUGAGUAUUGCAGGAAACCUGUUGGCUUUCAGAUGUUACCAAGGAACCAUUGAACACCACCCCAUCACCACAGGUAUGAAUGAACAGCCCCAAAUAAGCACCCUUACAAAACAGAUACUUCACUCUGUCAAAGAUGCAGUGAAUGUGGAAUUAUUAGUAAUGCUUUGGUGGACAAGAAACAGCAUGGGGGGAGGGGGUAUGCAGUGUUUGGGAACCCCUGCUACUUGGAAUGCACGAGAACUUUAAUGUAUGGAGCAAACCAUUUGCUGAUUUGUUGCCCUUUGUUUAUGUAAGGAAGUCCUAUACCACAGUUGGGUUUGUUGCACCUGAUAUGUGCCAUUACUGUUCUUUGUUGAAUGGCAUAGAAUUUAUGGAAUAAAGUGAUGCCUUAGUAUUUUGUGUGAGCAGGAGCUGUGUGUAGCUCAGGCUAGUACAUUGAGCUCAUGCGGGGCAUACUUGGAUGCAUUGAAGAUUCAGCUGAAAACAUUGCCACUGGACCAUUGAACCAGUGUAACUGGACGUUGAUUAGCGAUGAGUGAAUGUAGUGCUGCGGCAGUCCCUUGCUCACUCAAAAUCAUGAACAUUUCAAGAUAAAGUCGCCUAGGAAAGUUUUAUUUGAUUGCAUGAAACUUCAUGUUUAGUUGACUCUCAAGUAGAGCCUUGUGAAUGUUUCCUUUGUGUGUCCAUACCUGACAGCCCACAGAGGCGUUCAUUCCGUCCACUGUUCUGUACUGUCCAUUUCUUUCUCAGUACAAUUGCCAUAAGUGAUUAAGGGUUCCAGCUGCGACAAAUUUCUAUAAUGAGGUAUUGCUGUUUUUACUAUGUUGACCAAAGUUGUUUUUAUAUGGAUUGUAAUCAGUCAUAAGCUGUUGAUAACAAAUUCAAUGAGCAUGAAAUGUGAAGCUUUUAAAACCAUGUUUAGGUGGCAUAAAUAUGUAUUUUCUUUUCAUGGAAAUUAUUUUGUAUUGUGCUGGUACUGGUGGUACCAUUCUAGGACUAAGACAAAAGAGUUUGGAGAAACUUGGCAGGGUAGCAGAGUGUUUAGUGACAACAUGAUGACAAUUGUGUGCCUAGAUCUCACUAAGUGUUAUAAUCUGUGUUGAAGGUACAGUGAAAUAACUGCAAUCUUUCUAGUGGUUAGUUGAAGUUAAACAGUACAACCCCGUUGUUAUAUUUCUUAGGGGACCACGGAAAAAUGCAUGAUCCGGGAAAACUUAACAUCUGAUAACAGUUUUGCAGGGCAGAUACACAAAUAAGACCGACAUUUCAGAGCAUAAAAGUCGGGAAAACGUAACAAACAGAAAUGUAUCAACGGGGUUUUACUCUAUUAAGAAAAAAAUGAUUAUAACAGUGUUGUAUGAAAUUGGCGAAGUUAUCAUGGCAAUUUUACACUUUCACGACAGGCUAUUUACAUCUAGUUUUAUUUAUCUUGUUUUCAUCUCAAAGAGCCUGUUGCAUCAAAAAACGUGUACUCCUUGUUUAUAUUUUUGUUACAUUAACGUAAUAAAGUGCUACCUGUAUACCCUAAAA